AUCGGUAGUUUGUUCAAUAAAAUAUCAGUAAAUUCUGUGUGAAGUCCGAAAGCCGACGCGCGGUUUGUAAAACCGACUGACCGGUCAUUACAUUCCUGGAAUAACUUGAGUGAAGUUCAUUAUAUUUCUCUUUAGAUCCAGUGUUCAUAUUUUAGCUGGACAUCAUAGUUUUCACUGUUAUUCCAUUAAUAUCUUGAAUAAAAUGUCUGUCUGUGAUAGUGGAGAUGUGAAAUUAGAUGCCGCGGUGAACAAUUGGUUGAAACUGGACAAGAAUCCAACAACCCGCAAUGAAGUAUUUGAAGACAUAUCAAAUGGACGCUGGGACAAGUUGCGGGGCUCAAUGCUGCAGAGGCUCAAGUUUGGUACAGCUGGUCUCCGUGGCCGUAUGGGGGCUGGUUACAAAGCCAUGAAUGAUGUGGUGGUUCUGCAAACUGCACAGGGUCUCUGCUCCUACAUAAAGAAGGUCUGCAACCCAAGCCAGAUACAGAAUGGAGUCGUGAUUGGCUUCGACGGCAGAUAUAACAGCAAAAAAUUCGCCGAACUAACAGCGAAGGUAUUCGUCUCGUCGUCAAUACCAGUGCACAUGUUCAGGGAGGUAGUGGCCACGCCGCUCGUGUCCUUCGGCACCAUACACUACAAUGCUGUAGCUGGAGUCAUGGUGACCGCCUCCCAUAACCCCAGGGAGGACAACGGGUACAAAGUUUAUUGGAGGAACGGAUGCCAAAUACUGUCGCCCCACGAUGAUAAUGUUCUAGAGGAGAUAAAACAGUGUUUAGACAUACAAGACGAGCACUGGAAUAUCAAGGACAUUCGCUCAAAUCCUCUAGUGUCAGACUGUCACGAUGAGGUGACCAAUAAGUACAUGGAGACCAUCAUCACCCCCAGUUCCGAAGUAUCGGAUGAGAACAGGAAGGCAGCCAUCGAUGUAGUCUACAGCGCUAUGCAUGGAGUCGGCUAUGAAUAUGUUAAGAAGGCUUUUGCAACGGCCAGUUUAAAGGAACCAAUAAGCGUAAAACAGCAACAGGAUCCGAACCCCGAGUUCCCAACAGUGACGUUCCCUAAUCCAGAAGAAUUAGAUACCCUCAAGUUAAGCAUAGAGCUGGCAGAACAGAAGAAUGUUAAACUCGUGCUGGUUAACGAUCCUGAUGCUGAUAGGCUGGCAGUUGCAGAGUUUGAUGAUAGCUCAAAAUCGUGGCACAUAUUCACUGGUAACGAGAUGGGAGCUCUACUAGGCUGGUGGCUGCUGGAACAGUACGGCAAGAGAGUUAACCAUAUGCCAGAAUCCGAGGUGUAUAUCAUGGCCAGUAUUGUCAGCUCCAAAAUGUUGAGAGCUAUUAUCAAAGGAAAGGGAGAGUUUGUGGAGACUCUUACUGGAUUCAAGUGGAUGGGUAACACGACCCUCCUACUGGCUCAACAGAACAAGAUGCCCCUGUUUGCGUUCGAGGAAGCGAUCGGAUACAUGUGUGACCAUCGCGUACCGGAGAAAGAUGGCGUCUCUGCCGCAGUACAGGUGGCGUCUCUAGCUUCGCAUCUCUACCUAUCCGGAUCGUCGAUAGUAAAGCAGCUUGACGCGCUAUAUGCAGAGUUCGGGUACCACGUGACAUACAACAAAUACUACAUCUGCCACGAACCAGCCACCAUACAGAAAAUAUUUAGAAGAAUCAGAAAUUAUAGCGGACCUGGACAGUACCCCAAGAAAGUCGGUGAUUGUGAGAUUGUGUUCUUGAACGACUUCGUGGCCGGAGUCAAGAUACCUGAGAAGGUCAAUGGCGAAGGCCAUCUGAAUGUACUCGGCACGGGUUUGGACCAAGAUUACACGUCAGGCGAGAUGAUAAUGUUCCGCUGCAGUAACGGGCUAAGCGUCACCUUCCGAACUAGUGGCACUGAACCCAAGCUCAAGUACUACUCCGAACUGGUGUGUCAAGCACCAACCAGGAGUGAACAAGAAUCAAUGAACGAGAAGUUGAAAGUUAUGGUCAAGGAGUUUGUAGAAGAAUUACUGCAGCCUAAAGAAAACGGUUUGUUAGGUUAAACCUAAAGGAAGCUAUUAUAGAAAUUACAUAAUCACAUUUUGUUAGUAUGUUACCGGCUACUGUGAUAUUUGCUCAACAGAUGGCGCGAAUCGCAAGAUCCGUUUGACCAAUAGAAAAUCAGCUAAUGAUUUGGCAUUUCAUUGGACAUUGAAUUUUAGAUAUCGACAGUGAUUGGACAAAUAUGUCUAAUAACGCUAACUAGUGAGCAAAUAAAACAAUAGACCUAUUAAUUACAAUCUGAAAUUUUAACUAAAUCGAUUUCCGAUUCAAACUUAUCGAUUUUACAAUCGAGUGAUUUUUUUAUAUAUCUACUUACUUUUUCGAUAUGUUUUUUUUUAAGUUACCGUUGAUUUAAUCAAGGUUACCUAUAUAAUUAAUUUUUUUUUAUAUCAAUGUAUAUCUCUAUUAAAAUAGUAAAUUAUUUUCAAUAAUUAAUUAAUUAAUUUAUGAAGGUACAGAAAUAUAAAUGCAUUUUAUAGUAUUUUUUAUAGAUUUAUCAAAAUAAACACUUUGUAGCGAAAGGAAUUUAAGAAAUGAACAUUUAUUGCCAAAGAAAUUAAAAUCAUUCCGAACUGUGAUUGUUUUUUAAAUACCUCUAAACCUAUUUUGAAUUUAGGAAUACACCAGACUGCGGUGAAAUUGCAGGGCUUUCUAAUCUGCAAAACGAAAACAGGCAGUAGGUACUUUGGAAUUUUUCCUAUGUCUUAUUAUAUAACCUUAUUAUAUCUUAUAUAUUAACUCCUUCGAAACGGCUGUAUUGAUUUUAACUAAAUUUUAUAUGCAUAUUCAGUAGGUCCGAGAGCUGGGUACUGGCUGUUUUUCAUGCCCCUAAAUGAUACGGGUUGUUCAAAAUUAUUUUUUCAGGACUGAAGAUUUUUGUUCAUGUACAAAGAUAAAAUUAAUUAAUGCAUUUCAUGAAUGUCUAAAAU